CCCUUGUAAGUGUCCCUAAACUGAACUGCUGCACGUUACGCCGCCGUCCCCCCGCUCCUCCGAUAAUCGGUCCGCACCCGCUCCUCCCCUGCCUUGACGUGCGUCGCUUACCAAAUCGCGCGACCCUUUGUGGACGCCGCUCAUCGUCAAACCCAGCUGCAUCCCAACAAUACGACAUUGCGCGACACACAAGUGACAAGCGUUCCCUCUACUCCGCUUCGUCUCUAUCUCUGCCCGCCAGCCCACACGGCAUGGUUCACCUCUUGCUGUUCAGCGGCGUUCAAGCCCCUCUCCAGGUCCGAUACUCAAGGCCGGCAAAGCCAAAGUACGACCUCCCGCCGCUUGUCCACCGCGCUCUCCACACUGCGCUCGACUCCAAGCCUGCAUCGGCCUCGUACGACGCCGGAGCCGACCUGCUCAUCAUUCCCCGACCGGGUACGCUCCACAAGCACUCUUGGGACGCGUGCUCGUUGGCCGACUAUGAUGUGACUGUCAAGAUUCAGAUUGUCAACAAGGGCACCGCUGCGUCGUAUGCCGCCGAGGUUUCCAAGGCUCUGCAGACGUUGGCCGAGCACAAGGGCCUCGAGCUGCUUGACACCGUCUUGGUAGGCCUGCCCAAGGAUGAGCCAGCGUCCACCUGGGUCGAGUUCUGGAAGACGAUCACGAGCGGAGAGAUCAAGGACGUGAAGAACUGGGGCACUCUCAACCUUCUCGAGCCCAUUCUUGCCGAGCUCGUCACCAUCAAGGCUCCGGUUGCCAACGAGCUCAACACAACAGACUGCUACACCUUGCCACAGGACUACACGGCCUUUGCGUCCUCGCACCGCAUUCAGCUCUGGGCGUCUGGCGGUGGCGCUGGUCCGGACCCCCUACCCGCUGCCGACCUUCACAACCUCUUGCACGAGUUCAAGUCGGUGCUGGGAGGCCUUGUUCCCGCUAAAUCUACCCCUGCCUUGUCGUCGAUUAUCCCUGUGGCUGCAGACGGCAGCUCCUUCUGCGGACAAGCAAAGCCAGAUGUCGCAGUGGACUGGGUUGUGACGUACACACUCCUGUCCAGAACCCGGAACAUUGUCAAGGACAAGGGUUACAUUGUGUCUGCCGAGUCCGCCUAGGUCCACCGACGUCUCUGGUCACACCUGCCUAGGCCAACGAGUGUCGUCGGCUGCACCCCAUGCAUAUCUAAUGUCUAUGCCUAUCUAGAAACGAGAUGAAGAUGCCAACACGGGCCAUCCUCUGCCAGGAUAUCUAUUACUUGUGCCACAGGGCCAACGAGUGUCGCCGGCUGCACCCCCUGCAUAUCUAAUGUCUAUGCCUAUCUGGAAACGAGAUGAAGACGCCAACAUGGGUCAUCCUCUGCCAGGAUAUCUGUUCACUGGUGCCACAG